AUCUCCAGCCGUGGCGGAGGGGGAGAAGCUGAGGCGGCUCCUCCGGCUGGUGCAGGAGGGACGCCUGGAUCUGCUCCGGGAUGAGCUGCGUCCGGGCAAUGACGUGGGGCUGGGACUGCAGCCCUGGCGCUGCGGGCGCCUGGGGGACACGCUGCUGCACCACGCUGCCCGGUGCGGCCACCACGAUGUCCUCACCUUCCUGGUGCAGGAGCUGGGGAUGGAUGUGGAGGUGUUCAACAGUGACUACAAAAGGCCCCUCCAUGAAGCAGCCUCCAUGGGCCAUGCGGAGUGUGUGUGCUUCCUCCUGGAGAGAGGAGCCAGCGUGGACUGCUUGAAGAAGGCAGACUGGACUCCUCUCAUGAUGGCUUGCACCAGGAGGAACCUGGAGGUGAUCAAAGCUCUCAUGGAGCAUGGAGCCAACCCACUGCUGAAGAAUAAGGAUGGCUGGAAUUGCUUCCACAUCGCGAGCCGGGAGGGCCAUCCCCAGGUCCUCAGGUACCUGCUGGACAUGUCCCCUUGCAGCUGGGACACGGAGAGCACGAUACAGAGAACACCUCUGCACACAGCAGCGAUGCACGGUUGUUCCGAUGUCGUGGAGCUGCUCCUGGAGCGGUGCCACUACAAACCUGACAGCAGGGAUAAAUGUGGAGUCACUCCCUUUAUGGAUGCUAUCCAGAAUGGGCACGUCGGCAUUGCCCGGCUGCUCCUGGAAAAACACCAGGCCUGUCCUACAGCUGUGGAUGCACUGGGUGCUCAAGCUCUGCAUCGGGCGGCAGUUACAGCACAGGAUGAAGCCAUCCAGUUCCUUGUGUCUGAGCUGGGUGUAGAUGUCAAUGAGAGAGCGACAGCCCUGCAGCUCACAGCACUGCACUAUGCAGCCAAGGAAGGACAUGCACACACCAUCCAGACGCUGCUGUCCCUUGGUGCUGAUGUCCAUGCAAAGGAUGGGAAGAGCCGUUCAG